GCUAUUUACUCGGCAUUCAUGACCUCUUUACUGAAAAAAAAGAAAAAAAAAAAUCUGAAGAGGAAGGCGCGCGUUGGCUAUAAACGCGUCUGAUUCGCCAACUGUUUCUCUAGAAAAAUAAGGUUUUGAUGGUACCUGAAAUAUCGCACGAGUGACAAUCUCAUCGAUCUAGCCGAGUCAGGACUGCGAUCUGCGUCGAGAAGCUGCGGGCACAAGGCCGAGUUUUCAGACACUCAUUCCAACUUGACUCUUGACCCAACAUCCAUUUUGACCAUGAACUCGACGCCAUCACCUUCUUCACCGCCAUUAACCCCAGAAGGAUUUGCAUAUGCAGGACCUGUUUCAGACUUUUUGCCAGAGACGGAUUCAAAAACGAAUGAUCAGAAUGACUCAACGUCAACGGCGGCUGCAGGGUGUCACACCACAGGCACAGGCGGAUCUGGUUGCACAGCAGUAGUCGAACCCAAGGAGGCCAAAGACGGAGAAAAGUAUCUAAUCAAAGUUAUCGAGAUCCCUCAGCCUGCUGGACGGUAUCCUCCACAGAAGCGUGUCGCUAUCAGCUACUUCCGGAAAAAGUGGUAUGCCUUUAUCAACAUUUGUCCGCACCAAGGAUCAGCGCUGUCUCGAGGAUCCAUGAUCGAUAUCGAAGACAUGGGAAUCGUUUGGGGCGCCGGAGUGGCAUGUUCGCUUCACGACUGGACAUUCGAUGCACUUUCGGGACAGUCCGAUUCGACUCGCUUUGUAAUUGAUACAUACGAUAUUAAGGAGAUAGAAGGCCAUGUCUUUGUGAGCCAGGCACCCCGGAAUGCUCAUGUGGCUGGUCCACGGCGGGACUUUGGCGGCCGAGAGAUGAACUAGACCCAUGUCUUUUGAUUGAUGGUACAUAGCACAUUAUAGACCAAUAAAUGCAAUAUUAAAUCUUCUUACUUUGGCACGACAACAGAGAAAGAGAGAAGGAAAGAGGAAAAAAGGAAAAAAGGAGCAAUUGAG